CUGUUCUCACAUGCAGAAGAAUUGUUCUCCAUGAGUCGCUCCGCUUCACUCACGGCUGGAUUUCUGCGUUGAUGAUUCUCCUCAAACAGCUCGUUUUCUAAGGCUUGAUUUUUGAGGCAGGAGAGAAAAUGGCUCAAAGCGCGCUGCUUUUUUUAUUAUGGCUAUUCGGCACAUCUAUCGCUGGCUUCCCCAAUCAAAUAAAUAUCGGUGGGCUCUUCAUGCGUUCCACCGUGCAAGAACACAGCGCUUUCAGAUUCGCUGUGCAGCUCUACAACACCAAUCAGAACAUGACUGAGAAACCCUUCCAUCUCAAUUACAACGUAGAUAACCUGGAGUCCUCCAACAGUUUCUCUGUCACUCAUGCAUUUUGUUCACAGUUCUCCAGAGGGGUGUAUGCCAUCUUCGGCUUCUAUGACAAGAAGUCCAUGAACACGCUGACCUCCUUCUGUGGGGCCCUCCACACCUCCUUCGUCACUCCCAGCUACCCCAUCGACUCCGACGUGCAGUUUGUCAUCCAGAUGCGCCCUCCAUUGAAGGGCGCCGUCCUGAGUCUCCUGUCUCACUAUAAGUGGAACAAGUUUGUCUACCUCUAUGACACAGACAGAGGAUUUUCCAUUCUUCAAGCCAUUAUGGAGGCUGCAGUGGCAAACAACUGGCAAGUUACAGCGCGGUCGGUGGGCAGCAUCACAGACCCCCAGGAGUUCCGGCGCAUCAUUGAGGAAAUGGACAGGAGACAGGAGAAGCGCUUCCUCAUCGACUGUGAAGUGGACAGAAUCAAUGUCAUCUUGGAGCAGGUUGUGGCACUCGGAAAGAACAGUCGCGGCUACCAUUAUGUUAUUGCCAAUCUGGGCUUCACCAACAUCAGCCUGGACAAGGUCUUUCUUGGCGGAGCAAACAUUAGUGGCUUCCAGAUAAUCAAUCCUGAAAACUCAGUUGUACAACAGUUUCUCCAGAGAUGGGACCGUCUAGAUGAAAGAGAGUUUCCUGAAGCUAAAAACACACCUCUGAAGUACACUUCAGCGCUGUCUCAUGAUGCUAUACUGGUCAUUGCGGAGGCGUUCCGGUACCUGCGACGCCAGCGAGUAGAUGUGUCCAGACGAGGCAGUGCAGGUGAUUGCCUGGCUAACCCUGCGGUCCCUUGGAGCCAAGGCAUCGACAUUGAACGAGCUCUCAAAAUGGUCCAGGUGCAAGGGAUGACUGGCAAUAUCCAGUUUGACAGCUUUGGUCGCAGAUCAAACUACACUAUUGAUGUUUAUGAAAUGAAAACAGGUGGCCCAAGAAAAAUCGGGUACUGGAAUGAGUUUGAGCGCUUUGUUAAUAUAAUGGAUCAGCAGUACACCAACGAUUCCUCAGUGGAAAACCGAACAAUUGUGGUCACUACUAUUAUGGAAGCACCGUAUGUGAUGUACAAGAAAAAACACAUGCAUCUGGAAGGCAAUGACAAGUAUGAAGGCUACUGUGUCGAUUUAGCUUCUGAGAUUGCCAAACAUGUUGGGAUUAAGUACAAACUGUCCAUAGUCAUGGAUGGAAAAUAUGGCGCCCGUGACCCUGAAACCAAGACUUGGAACGGGAUGGUGGGUGAACUAGUCUAUGGGAGAGCAGAUAUAGCCGUCGCACCAUUAACGAUCACGCUUGUGCGAGAGGAAGUCAUUGACUUUUCUAAGCCCUUCAUGAGUUUGGGCAUCUCCAUUAUGAUUAAGAAACCUCAGAAGUCCAAGCCGGGUGUGUUCUCCUUCCUGGACCCUCUGGCAUACGAGAUCUGGAUGUGUAUCGUUUUCGCCUACAUCGGCGUCAGCGUUGUGCUGUUCCUCGUGAGCCGCUUCAGCCCCUACGAGUGGCACCUGGAUGAGACUGAUGAAGCCAAAGACCCCCAGACCCCUCCAGACCCGCCUAAUGACUUUGGGAUUUUUAACAGCCUGUGGUUCUCUCUAGGGGCCUUCAUGCAGCAGGGCUGUGAUAUCUCACCAAGGUCCUUAUCGGGCAGAAUAGUGGGAGGCGUCUGGUGGUUCUUCACCCUCAUCAUAAUCUCGUCCUACACUGCUAACCUGGCUGCUUUCCUCACAGUAGAGAGGAUGGUCUCGCCCAUAGAGAGUGCUGAAGAUCUAGCCAAACAAACGGAGAUCGCAUACGGAACCUUGGACUCAGGAUCAACCAAAGAGUUCUUUAGGCGUUCAAAAAUAGCAGUGUAUGAAAAAAUGUGGUCGUACAUGAAAUCAGCCGAGCCCUCCGUCUUCGCCAAGACCACGCCCGACGGGGUGGCACGGGUACGAAAGUCGAAGGGCAAAUUUGCCUUUCUUCUCGAAUCCACCAUGAAUGAAUACAUUGAGCAGAGGAAGCCCUGCGACACCAUGAAAGUGGGCGGCAAUCUGGACUCUAAGGGCUAUGGUGUGGCGACCCCCAAAGGCUCAGCAUUAAGAACUCCUGUAAACCUUGCAGUAUUGAAACUCAGUGAACAAGGCAUCUUAGCCAAGCUGAAAAACAAAUGGUGGUACGAUAAGGGUGAAUGUGGAACCAAGGACUCGGGAAGUAAGGUCAGUCGCUGCAGGUCUUUUGUACUGAUUCCAAAAACUGCAUUUUGACAUAUUGUUCAUAUGCAAGGAACAAACCAAUAGUCAAUAUCUUGAUUUAACCCAUGUGUAGUAGAUUUAAUGACUUACGGCCACAUAUAAGGAAACCAUAAGGACGCAUGGCCUAGAGUUUUGCACGAUUCCCCAUCAUUUCCAAUGAUCAGCUAAGGGGUACUUAUGAGACAUAUCUUUCUGUUGUUGUUUAUUCUAGUAGUUCUUCCAGUGAAUGCCCUCAAAUAAAGCCGUAAUGAUAAAUCAAAUGGGGAAUUAGUUAAAAGUGCAAAUUGAUCAAGAGAUUAGAUUCAUUUUUGUAUACCAAUUGUCUUUCUUGCUUAUUUUCACUUGACUCGAUAACCAUUAUGCUGCAGUUCUUACUCACCAAACUUCGAAUUUAAAAUUUGAUGUAUUAGUGUUGUUACUUAUUUGUCUUUUACGCAAUAAAAAGGCCCGUUCAUUUAUUGAACUCCUGUGGCGUUAACCGCAAAAGCAUUUCUCAUCGUGACAAACAGUUUCAGCACAAGUUUCAUUAGAUGAGCAAAGUUGACUAAUCUUGUUUAUAACGCAAAGGCGACAGUUAAUUUGUAGCAAUAGACAGCUGAAGAGUAAAAAUGCAGCAGUUAAACGGCGGCUGUGUAAAACGAGCUCCAUAAGCGGCAAAUAGUGUAAUACUAAUGGACAAAUUUUUAAUGGACAAGUUUGGGGGGUAAACUGCAGCAGAAUGGUUCUUAAUUUCAGUACUCUGGUGUAGAAAAUAUGUCAAAAUAUGAAUUUGAAGGUUAAAGGAUGGAAAGGCAGUUGUUUAAAGUAAGGUUAUUAAGUCAGAGGUCUGACCUGUACGUAACUGACCAGCUUCCUCAGAUACAUGAAGAAGCCAAUGAGAAGAGCAGGUUAGAGAAACCAUCUACAUUCACCAGUUAUGGUCCUAAUUGACUCAUAGACUUUAGACAUAGAUGGAUAUUUUCUCUCCAUUGGAAUCUAGAUUCCUCUGGUAGCAGUAGAAAUGUCAUUUAUAGCCAGUAGUCCUGCUUGAUAGAACAUGUGAGGAGUUGUAUAGGAUAGUGUGUUUUGUGUCAGGAUUGCCACUGUAAGAUAUGCUAACUAUGUCCCUCGCUUCUCUUAGGACAAGACAAGUGCACUGAGCCUGAGCAAUGUUGCUGGUGUCUUCUAUAUUCUGGUUGGUGGACUAGGGCUGGCCAUGAUGGUG